AUGCAUGUACAUAUUGUGCAGAAUGUUGAUGUCAUCCAGCAAGUGAAUGCUGGAAGCGACCAAAGGUUGGUUAGAGGCACUAUCAGAUUGAACACCAGACUCGAACGAAGCCAAAUGGUGAGACAAAGAAUGUUUAAAGACAACAUUGAGGCUUUGAUGACAAAGGAAGUUCAACUCCAAUUGAAGCUACAUAAUUGUUUUAUGAUACUUUCGAGUCAAGAAGAAGCGGAAAAGGUGACUGAGGCCAUCCAGGUGUGCGCAGCGGAAACAGCAGGGAAGAAUAAAGAAGAUAAGCCUAAGUUGAAGACCAAAGAGAUAAUGAAGAAAAGAAGAGAGAUGGCAGGGAAAAAUCUAACUGCCGGCGAGAAGAUAGAUUUGUGUAAGACCAUCAGAAAGAGAAUAAGAGAAGACCUCGGAGAACACAACACCCUGAGAGUGAAGAGAGCAAUUACAAGUGGAAAGGGAUCGAAGAAAGCCACCAACAGUGAGUAA